AUGGCUAAUGAUUCAUUGAGAAUAGUCUUGAUUGGACCUCCAGGUUCCGGCAAAGGAACCCAAGCACCCAACUUGGUUAAAAAGUUCGGUGCCGGCCAUUUGGCUACAGGAGACAUGUUGAGAUCGCAAGUUGCCAAGAAGACUGAAUUAGGCAUUAAGGCCAAAAAGAUUAUGGAUGAGGGAGGUUUGAUUCCAGACGAUACUAUGGUUAACAUGAUUGAGAGUGAGUUGGAGAACAAUCCUGCAUGUAAGAAUGGCUUUAUUUUGGAUGGAUUUCCAAGAACCAUCCCUCAGGCUGAGAAGUUGGAUGCUAUGUUGGCUAAGAAAAACAUCCCAUUACAAAAGGCCGUUGAAUUGAAAAUCGAUGACGAGCUUUUAGUUGCCAGGAUCACAGGCAGACUUGUCCAUCCUGCUUCGGGUAGAUCUUACCACAAGUUGUUCAAUCCUCCAAAAGUCGCCGGUAAAGAUGACAUCACUGGAGAGCUAUUGAUUCAGAGAUCUGACGAUAACGAAGGAGCUUUGAAAAAGAGACUGGUGAACUACCAUAAGCAGACGGAGCCAAUUGUUGAUUACUACGCGAAGACCGGAAUUUGGGCUGCCGUUGAUGCUUCUCAGGCUCCGAAGAAUGUCUGGAGUGAUGUUUUGAAGUAUUUGGGUCAGCAUUAG